CGGCUGUCACUGAAAAUAAAAUGUGGUAAACUCCGUCAUAAAAAGCCCGUGCGUCACAUUCACAUACUAACAUUUCUUCUUCUGUUUCAACUUACAAGUCUAGUCCAGUUAAUCAUCAACUCAACUUGUCCGAACAAUGUCGAUGACGGCGAGUCCAGCGGCCGGGCGAUCAUUUCCCAUGUGUGCACGAUCGCACAAGUCGAGCAAUGUAGCGAGGCGUGCGAGGAUGGGCGUCCGAUCUAACCUCCUGUCGUUUGCACCCAUUUUGAUCGACCUGCAAAGAGACUGUGCGACUCCACUUCCUCUGUUGCGCCAUGUCGCUGAUUCCAUGACUGCCGACAUGCGAGCUGGCCUUGUCGUCGACGGUGGCAGCGAUCUUAAGAUGAUUCUCACUUAUGUGGAUAAUUUGCCAACUGGGAAUGAGAAAGGGAUAUUCUAUGCACUGGAUCUUGGUGGCACUAAUUUCCGAGUGCUUAGAGUGCAAUUGGGAGGAAAGGAAGAGCGGGUGGUUGCUACUGAGUUCGACCAAGUUUCUAUACCACAAGAAUUUAUGUUUGGUACUUCUGAGGCAUUGUUUGAUUUCAUAGCUUCUGGGCUGGCGAAAUUUGUACAAAAGGAGGGUGGAAAGUUUCAUCUGCCAAAUGGAAGGACAAGGGAAAUUGGUUUUACAUUUUCGUUCCCAGUGAAGCAGACUUCUAUUGAUUCUGGCAUACUGAUCAAGUGGACUAAAGGUUUUGCAGUAUCCGGAACGGCAGGAAAAGAUGUUGUGUCUUGUUUAAAUGAGGCCAUGCAAAGGCAGGGGACAGAUAUGCGAGUAUCUGCCUUGGUUAAUGAUACUGUUGGAACUUUAGCCGGAGCAAGAUACUGGGAUGAUGAUGUAAUGGUUGCGGUCAUCCUGGGAACUGGAACAAAUGCUUGCUAUAUAGAAAGAGUAGAUUCUAUACCUAAACUUCAGGGACAAAAGUCUACAUCAGGAAGAACGAUUGUCAAUACAGAAUGGGGAGCAUUCUCUAAUGGUCUUCCUUUAAGCAAGUUUGAUAGGCAAAUGGAUGCUGAUAGUAUAAAUCCUGGUGAGCAGAUAUUUGAAAAGACAAUUUCUGGUAUGUACCUUGGCGAAAUUGUCAGACGCGUGCUUGUAAAUAUGGCUGAAGCGGCUGAUUUAUUUGGUGAACAUGCGUCAACAAAACUUUCCAUGCCCUUUAUACUUGGAACACCACAUAUAUCGGCCAUGCAGCAGGAUAGUUCAAAACAUCUUGAAGCUGUUGGGUCAAUUCUAUAUGAUGUAGUUGGGGUAGACUCCAAUGUAAAUGCCAGGAAAAUUGUGUGGGAGGUUUGUGACACCAUAGCCAAACGUGGAGGGCGCUUGGCUGGGGCAGGAAUUGUCGGUAUUCUCCAAAAAAUGGAGGAGGAUUCGAAGGGUACCAUUUACGGGAAAAGGACAGUUGUUGCAAUGGAUGGAGGUUUGUAUGAACACUAUCCCCACUACAGAAAAUACCUUCAAGAUGCGGUGAAUGAGCUUUUAGGAUCUGAAGUAUCGAAAAACAUAGUCAUAGAACAUUCUAAAGAUGGUUCUGGAAUUGGGGCUGCUCUCCUAGCUGCAACAAAUUCCAAGUAUGAGCAUUGAAUUCUUGAAGCAUGCUGUUUAUAAUAUAUUAAUUUAAUAAAUGGAAUUGUUAGAUUCGGGGUACCUUUGAGGUUCAUUUCUCGACGGGGCAUUGAGGAAAUUGAGUUAUAAGAAGUAUAUGAGUUUGGGAAUGUUA